UUCGCACGUUAUAUCCGUCGCACUAUAGAGUGCGACAUCGCAAAAAAGUUGACCAAGUUUGAAGAUUUGUAGCGCGCGACGAGCGAUUUACUGCGAUCCUAUCUAUAGAUGCGAUGUCGUUAUAAACAAAGAGGAUCUCUUUGGUUAUAAAUAAACGUGCAACGACAUCGAUCCGAGAGUGAUAUUGUCAUUAAAUUAUAAAAUUGCAAUAAAUGGUAAAUAUGCAAUAAAUGAUGUUAGGUUUCGUAAUCGCGCAUCGCGUUUAUAUGAAUAGGUAAAAAAUCCUAUUCUCGCGAUUCGUCGCAUAUCGCGUGUCGCGUCAUCACGCUGGUGUUACUGAGACUGAGAGAGAGAGAGAUUGCGGUGGAACGAGUUAAACAGUAUUUAGAUCAUGUGCCGACUGAAAAUACAAUGGGCACUAAUCAACCUUACGCGUGGCCUAGUCAAAGUGUUGUGGAAUUAAAAAAGUUGUUUUGAUGUACAGGAACCAUUUAGUGCCAUCGUUGAAAGAGAUAACAUUCGUUACUCGACCAGCGGAAAAAAUAGACGUCGUUGGUCGCACCGGUGCUGGAAAAAGUUCGUUACUAGCUUCGUUGUUUAGACUGACAGAGAUCAGUUCUGGGAGUAUAUUAAUCGACAACGUGAAUAUUCAAACGUUACAACUGAACACAUUAAGAUCCCGUUUAGCAAUUAUACCUCAGAAUCCGUUUCUUUUCUCGGGUACUAAUCGAGAGAAUGUGGAUCCGUUGGAUCAGUAUACCUAUAUGCACAUAUAUACAAAACCUUUGAGAAAUGUAAAGUGCAUUCUUUUUUUCAUCGAUUGGAUGGUUUGGAUGCAGUCUUGGAUGAAGGUGGUAGUAAUCUCAGCACUGGGCAGAGACAAUUGUUCUGCUUAGUCAGAGCUGUGCUACACAAUGCGAAGGUACUUCUUAUCUGUAAUAUUCGAGAAAGCAAUUGUUCGUGUAUUAAUAACUUGAUAUUUAUUUAUCUCUGUGAAAUUAGUCUCUUUUUCUUAUUUUCUCAU